AUGGCUUAUGUUCUCGUCACUCUAUGCUGUGCCUUUGCGGCACUGGGCUCGUUCUUGUUCGGCUAUGACUCGAGCGUGAUCUCGUCGAGUAUCGAGCAAGAUGCGUUUUUGAAUUAUUUUGGAUCGCCGGGCUUAUCUGAUGCCGCCAGUGGUGGGAUUAUCUCUUCCUACACAGGAGGUGCCAUUGCGGGGUCGCUCCUGGCCUCGUCUAUUUCGGAUUUCUAUGGACGCCGCAUGGUGAUUUUCAUUGGCGGGCUCCUCGCCGCUUUUGGUGCUGCCCUGCAGGGAGGCGCUGUGACGGUUGCGAUGUUGAUCGCCGGCCGCUUCAUCGCUGGAGGUGCCAUUGGGCUCAUGUCCGCUACUGUUCCCGUGUACUGUAGCGAGGUUGCCCCGCCUCAGAUUCGUGGCGGACUCGCAAGCAUGCAGCAGUGGAUGAUCGGACUGGGAAUCAUGGUCGCUCAAUGGGUUGGCUACGGAUGUUCCCUGCACAGCGGCGAUUUCUCCUGGAGAUUCCCUCUAUCCUUGCAGACAGUACCCGCCAUCAUGCUCGCCUGUGGCGUCUGGUAUCUCCCCGAGUCGCCGCGUUGGCUCAUCGAACACGGAAACGAGGCGGCCGGCCGCUUAGUUCUAACCCGCCUACACCUCAAUCGCGACGCAACAAACGCCUUGCUUGUCGAGCAUGAAAUCAACCAGAUCCAUGAAAGCGUCGCCGAAGACCAGCGAUCCGUAGUCCGCUCGUGGCGCCAGCUAUUCCUCUCCCGCCAAUGGCGCUAUCGCCUCCUCCUCGCAUGUGGUCUCCAAGCCAUGACCCAAUGCUCUGGCACAAACGUGAUCCAGAAUUACGGCCCCCGACUGUACAAGUCGCUGGGCCUGUCCACAUCCACCUCACUCAUGAUAAUCGGCGUCUGGGGCGCGCUGGCGCAGUUCUGGAAUACCGUGUUCAUGGCCUUCAUCGACCGGGUCGGGCGGCGCAAGUUGCUCAUCCCUUCACUGCUAGGCAUGGGCGCCGCGAUGUGUGUCGAGGGCACGCUCGCGCGGUACGUUGACUUUAGCGAUAGCGACGCCAACCAGGACGCGCUCCGCGCGGCAAUCGCCAUGUUCUUCGUCUUCUCUCUAUUCUACACGGCCCUCGGCAUGAUCUCCUGGAUCUACCAGUCCGAGAUCUUCCCGACUGCGAUCCGCGCCCGCGGGUCAUCGGUCGCGACGGCGACGAACUGGAGUCUGAGCCUUAUUUUUGCGCAGUGCUCUCCCAUCGCACUGACCAAUAUCGGAUCCAAUUAUUUCUACUUCUUUGUCGCGUUCAACUGGGCUGCCGUCUUUAUCGUUUGGUUCUGGUACCCCGAGACCGUCGGGCGCUCCCUCGAAGAAGUCGAGGAGGUUUUCGUCGGCCAGGUUCACGAUGGGGAGCCUGAAACUAUCCCUGUGACUGCGAGUAGUCCCGAAUGUAAGCCGCCGCGCUCACAUAUCAGGCAUAAGGGCAUUCACCCGUUGUCGAUGCAUCCGACUACUAUCGGGAGCUGGAGUAGCAAAAGCGGCUUGUCUCCGAGGUUAUGGAGUAAAGAGGUGGAUGCUGUAUAA